UGUGAGUGCUUACCUUUGGAUAGGAAGUUGGGUAUACUAUUUUUGUACAAAUAACUUAUUUCAAAAAAAUUAGGAAGUUCAUUCUUUUGCUUUAGCUUUCUCUUAUCCUCGUUUGAAUCCUUCCAUCAAUGGCUCUGCUUCGUCCGCAGAUCCCAACGUCCCCUGCAACCGGAGUCUACUCGAACUAUCCCUACAGCAUCUGGACCUUUAAACACAAUAUAGUGAAGGGUAGUGGUGGGCGAGGUGCAGGAAGAUGCUGCAACGCCAUUUCGAUUGAUGCACCCGCGGCCGUUUCCGGCAUCAGAUGGGGGUCGGCGCUGCUACAGGGCGCCCGUGGGGAGAUGGAGGACGAUGCCAUGAUUGUUCAGUCAGAUGAUCUUGGCGGGUUCUCUUACGCCGCGGUUUUUGAUGGCCAUGCUGGGUUUUCUUCUGUCAGAUUCCUCAGGGAUGAGCUGUAUAAAGAAUGUGUUAGAGAAUUACAAGGCGGACUUCUGUUGAAUGGAAAGGACCUAAAUGCAGUAAGAAAAGCUCUACAAGAGGCUUUUGAAAGUGCUGAUGAAAAACUUAUGAAUUGGCUUGAGAGAAGCGGGGAAGAAAUUGAAUCUGGAUCAACAGCUACAGUUAUAUUUGUUAGCAAUGAUGCACUAUUCAUUUCACACAUUGGUGAUUCGUGUGUAGUUUUCUCACGGUCUGGGAAAGCAGAAAUGUUGACCAGUUCUCACCGGCCGUAUGGAAGCAACAAAACUUCUCUUGAAGAAAUUAGACGAAUUAGGAAAGCUGGCGGAUGGAUUGUAAAUGGACGAAUCUGCGGGGACAUCUCUGUAUCCCGUGCUUUCGGGGAUAUGCGAUUCAAGAACAAGCAGAAAGAGUAUGCUUUUUUAUUGUCCUCAAAAAAAUCCAGAGCUGAAAUUCGUUGUUAUUUCAUGAAUCCAAAUAUGGUGAUUUCCUCCGGAGUAGUAUAAAAUCUCAUAUCUGUCUUAUUGCAUGCCGACUAAAAGGAUGCUGGAGAAGGGUGUUGUGGAAGGCAGGUGGUCUCAGAAGUUUGCUUCUCGGUAGGUUUUAUCUCAGGUCCGAUCCAUCUCUCUCGUAGUAGUGAAAGGUGAAAGGCGAGAGGCAGGCGAGAGGGCCUUUUUUUAAGGCGAGAGGCGGGCAGCCAAAAGGCGAACUUGGGGCAUACACACUUACAUAAAAUAUAUAGUGCAGUGCAAUUAAUAAUUUCAAUCCCAAGCAAGUCAUACAUGUUAAACAAAACAAUUAGAGUAGUUACUACAUAAGUUUCUAAAAAGCGAGUAUUUAAUAUAUAGAAAUGUAUUAG